AGUACUUCUUCCUCCGCUCUCUAGAAGUCAGACUCAUCAAAAAUGUCUGAACCGAGUGAGAAACGUCUGCAGCGCCUCUCGCUCUCCUCCAGUCCAGCAGAGGUCGCUGUUCGCUGUUCGCGCUCCUCCAAGCGAACUGUCGUCGACGCGGAACUCGGUGUCUCUGUUUACCUCCCCGCUGGCUCUCUUUGUUCGCUGGAAGCCUCAAACUGCGCAGAAAAGGAGGAAAAUGUGCGCCGUGCAGCUGCUGCGGGUGUCGGUACACGAGCGGAUCAGCGCCGCCGCUGAAGACUUUCUGCUGCGGGUGGAAAAGGGAGAAGACGCGGCUGAAAUCCCGGCGCUGAGAGCGCUGCUCACCGAGCGGCUAACGGCGGCGGCGGAGGAGAUUGUCGGUCUGUUUGAGGAAACCGUGGCGGAGUACGAAGACCGAGUGGAGCGGUCGGAGCGGGAGAUCUGCCGCCAGAGGAGGCUGCUCGACGCCGUGCUGAAGCCCGAAGUCAGGCUGCACCGAGCAGACCUGCUGCAGUCAGUGAACCUGAACCAGGCAAACCUCCAGCCUCCAGACCCUGCAGACCUGAACCAGACUGAAUUCGAUCACAUCGACAGUGAUGUUUCUUGCACACCAACGCCUCGCUCCUCCUCCCCACCGUAUAAUCCGCCCGUCUCACCAAGCAGCUCGGUCAUCCACAGCGAUGGUGAUCCAGACAGCGACUGGACAGAGCAGAAUCGGACUCUCAGAUCUCCAAGAAAAAAGAAAAGAGGCCACCCGCCGCUCGGUGUCAGAAACAAACGGAAAAGGUCAACUCCAGCUCAGAGUUUCAGCUGUCAGGUUUGUGGAAGAGCUCUGCAGGGGAAAGGCUUCUUGCUUAAACACGUCCUGCAGGUCUGUGCAAAAGACCCAGACCUCCGCUGCGGUUUCUGCGGUGAGCGUUUAGACUCAGCUGACAACCUGACAGCUCACUUGCAAACACACCAAGAGAGGAGUAAAACCUGCUCCUUCUGCGGCAAGAUCUUCCAGUCCAUCCUGGCGCAGGAGCUGCAUGUCCGACUGCACACCGGAGAGAAACCAUACAGCUGCGAUGUCUGCGGCAAGAAGUUCAGCCAAAAAGGAAACCUGACGUCACACAUGCGCGUCCACGCUGCAGAGAAACCAUUCGAGUGUAAAGAUUGUGGCCGGGCCUUCUGUCACAUGACAUCUUUAGAGCGACACAUGCGGGAGCACAGCGACGAGGUGGUGCACACCUGCAGCGUCUGCGGUCAGGAGUUCAGGAAGCAACACAGCCUGCGACGACACAUGACGACUCAUCAGAAAGACGACACCCACAAACCAAAGAGAUACCGCAGCUCGGUGCCAUCCUACGUCUGCAAAGUGUGCGGGGACACCUUUGACAGGAAAACCUUCUUGGUGAAACAUGUGGAGAUCCACCUGCAGGACCCGAACUGCAGCUGCGGACUCUGCGGACAGCAGUACGAGUCCACCGCCAGCCUCACUGCUCACCUGCGCUCCCACCGCGAGGUUGGCAACACCUGCGACAUCUGCGGGAAGUGCUUCCCAGCUCACGCGGCGUUGCAGAUGCACAUGAGGAUCCACACUGGAGAGAAACCAUACACCUGCCGCUUCUGCGGGAAGGCCUUCAACCAGAGCGGCAACCUGAAGACGCACCUGAAGAUCCACACCGGUGAGCGGGCGUUCUCCUGCAGCCUCUGUGGGAAGGGCUUCACCCAGAAACAGACUCUGGACACUCAUGUCCGCUUCCACAAUAAGGAGAGACGCUUCCUGUGUCAGGUCUGCGGGAAAGGCUUCAUGCAGGACGUGGACCUGAAGAGACACAUGCUAAUCCACACUGGAGAGAAACCUUACAGCUGCAGGGUCUGCGGGAAGAGCUUCCAGGCCAAAAGAUCACUCAACGGACACUUAAAAGUCCACACAGCAGGGGUGGAUGAGACUGGACCAGAGCCGAAUCAGGACUCAGAACAGCAGAGGACGGACAGUUUCUACUCAGGAUUCCUCCAGCUGUAAAGGACCAGUGUUAGACUGUUGACUCAGAGCUGGACUCAAACCAACAGGUUAAACUUUGUUCAUCAGUUCCAAACUACUUCACCCAGAACUUCUCUGUCAAUAAACAAGUUGAG